GCGGGGACGUGGCAGGCGCACGCGCGGGGCGCCUGAUAGUGGGGAGGCGUGCGAACCGCCCAGCUGGAGACCUCCUGGAGCGACAUCGUCCUGGAAAAAAACCUGCAGGACCUCAAAACUCAGCCUGGGGCAUCUUUACUUACUGCGUGCUUUCGACGCAUUUCCGAGGAGACCUGCCUGCAUGAGCGGGACCCAUGGGUCCCUUCCCCGAGUCCGCCUGACCGCCGGGGACCGCUCAUAACCAGGCCUAGCCAUUCACCUUUCCCUUCAGAAUCGUCCUGGCCCUGGGGCUGGCCUUAACACAUCUGAGCGGGGCUGCACCUGACUAGUUGUGGACAGCUUGUGUGCGGUGUAUGUGUCCUGAUCGUGGGCACACCUGUCUGCUCGUGCCCCAGGGUGCAGGCUGCUGUUCUAGCUCUCAGCGCUCAGGUUCCCCGGGCUCCAGUUCAGGCACCAGUCCCUGUACAGGCUCCACUCCCACCCCCACCACACCUUGAACAUGGCAGUGAGGGCAGAAGCGCAGCCCCUACAGGGCCAAUUGGCGAAAAUAAGUAAAGGCAGUAGAUAUGUUGGGAACAAUUCGGUAUGUGGGCAUGCGUGGCCACAGCAUGUGGGUGAAUUCGGUGCAGAUCUCUACUUGCGUGUGUUGGUGGACAUGGGUACCAGUCAGAUCACCUGUGCUCGUGUUUCAGGUGGACAUACAUGACGACUCUGCAUACGUUUCUGUAUCUCCGCGUGUACCUUUGCUCAUUCUGUGGGACAUCCUCCAGCAGCCCACAUACACCUGGGGAGAGUGCUCAGACUUGGCAGAGCAAGCGAAACUCAGUGGGUAGCCUCUGGACAGGGCAGCCCCCAGCCCACCCUAGCACUUCUCAGCGGGGUCCUAGAACAAACACAUUCCUCCUGCCUGCUGCAGCCUCCUUGGAGCUUCUCUCUCCUCCCCAUUCCCAGCCAACCCCCUUUUGGUGCCACAUCCUGAGCACUGAGUCAGAUUCUGGGGCUACAGAGGGAAGGGGAGAGACCCUGGCUGUCUUACUGGAGUUCACAUUGUGGUGGGGGUUUAGAGAGGGUCUAGGGAAGCAAGUGCCCAUUUGAGGAGAGAUCUCUGGAUAGGUGUGAAGAAUGCGUAAAUAAAGGAGUGAGUCGGUAAUCUGAGGUAGGAGAAUGAAGGGAAGUGGUUGCAAGGCAUCGGUCUGGCCUUUGACCUGGGCUCCGGUGGACAGAAGAUCCCAGGAGCAGGUAGGAUACUCCCCUCCUACCCCUUCCUUCCCCGCGCGAAAGAUCGCAUCUUUAUUUCCCUGCCUCAGAAGUCCCUUCAGACGUCUGGAUCCCGUAUAGGUGCACAGAAUCACUGUUCCUUGAAGCCAUGCCCAGGUGCGUAAGGUCGUCCCUUACCCUGGCAGACACCCUUUGCAUACGCAGACCUGCGCGCCGCCGACACACCUCGGAGCUCCCGGAGCGCGCCCAGCACUCAGGGCUCAGAGGCAGGUGCCUCGCCGCGCAGACUCGCCGGGCGCGGGGGACCGGCUCGGGCGCGGGGCCGGCUGGGGCGGGGCAGCGGCGCGCGUUCCCCGCCGGCCACACGGGCCGCCUUGCGCCCGGCGAGGGGCGUGUGCACGGGCCCGGGAUCCUUGGGCCCCAUGUUCACGGAGCUAAGGACCAAGCUGAGCCCCCCGCGAGGCCGCGCCGGGGCUGUGCGCGCCGGCUUCGGGGAGCGCCGGGAUGUGGACGCCACGGCACACUUCAGCUUCUGCCGAACCCUCCUGGAUCACACAGUGUCCACUGAGAGCAUCCCUUGUCACCUGCCUCGGACGCCAGGCACCAGCCUCACGUGGCACGACUCCCGUAGCCAGAGGGCCGCUGGCGGCCGGCCAGUCAAGCUCCUGCAGCAGCCUGGCACAGAGGCCCCCCAGGGCCGGCUAUACUCCGACCACUAUGGUCUGUACCACACAAGUCCCUCACUGGGUGGCCUGACGAGGCCUGUGGUUCUGUGGAGUCAGCAGGACGUCUGCAAGUGGCUCAAGAAGCACUGUCCCCACAACUACCUCGUCUACGUGGAGGCCUUCUCCCAGCACGCCAUCACAGGUACCCUCGGUUGCUGGGGGUUCAACCUCUCCUUCUAG